CAAAAGCGGAAGAGAAUUCACAGCGUGGAGAUCCGGUGUUGGCUCUUCAGAUCACUGCUGUUCUAACGCUUCUGCACGAACUUGCUCACUGUCGGUUGGGAUUUGUCUUUUUUUUUUUUGUCGGUCAUCAUGCCGUUAAAGUUUGAGCUGUGCCCCGGUAGAAUGAUCGGAGGUUCGAAUCCGUGUUUCAUCAUAGCCGAAAUCGGACAAAACCACCAGGGGGAGAUUGAAAUUGCCAAGAAAAUGAUCAAAACCGCUAAGGACUGCGGUGCUGACUGUGCCAAAUUCCAGAAAAGUGAACUGGAGUAUAAAUUCAACAAGCAAGCCUUGGCACGGCCUUACAACUCCAAACACUCCUGGGGCAAAACCUAUGGUGAACACAAGCGCCAUCUGGAGUUCAGUCAUGAGCAGUACAGGGAGCUGCAGAGAUAUGCACAGGAAGUGGGCAUUUUCUUCACCGCUUCAGGAAUGGAUGAGAUGGCAGUAGAAUUCCUGCACGAGGUCAAUGUGCCUUUCUUCAAAGUAGGUUCUGGAGACACCAACAACUUCCCCUAUUUGGAGAAAACUUCAAAAAAAGGCCGCCCCAUGGUCGUGUCCAGUGGGAUGCAGUCCAUGGAGACAAUGCGCCGGGUCUACCAAACAGUGAAGCAGUACAACGAAAACUUUGUCAUCUUGCAGUGUACCAGCGCUUAUCCACUGGAGGCUGAGGACGUCAACCUCAAAGUUAUCACGGAAUAUCAGAAGGAAUUUCCAGAUAUACCGAUUGGGUAUUCUGGCCAUGAAUCUGGAGUCUGUAUUUCUGUGGCAGCUGUUGCGCUGGGAGCAAAGGUCAUUGAGCGCCACAUAACGUUGGACAAGACUUGGAAAGGAAAUGAUCACGCAGCUUCACUGGAUCCCUCUGAGCUGGCCGAACUGGUCCGCUCCAUCCGACUGGUGGAGAGGGCGAUGGGAAGUGGCAUAAAGCAGAUGUUACCCUGCGAGAAGCCGUGCCACGAUAAGUUGGGUAAAUCAGUGGUGGCUAAGGUGAAGAUCCCCAAAGGAACUCUCCUAACACUGGACAUGUUGGCUGUAAAGGUUGCUGAGCCAAUGGGUGUCCCACCUGAGGAUCUCUUCGAGCUGGUUGGAAAGGCUGUACUGGAGGAUGUGGAGGAAGACGAGUGUGUCACACCAGAGGUUGUUGACAGUUAUGGCAAAAAAAAGAAGUGCUAAAUCAUAUGAAGAUCAAACUGAGAUUAAUUAAUUAAUUCAGCAGAGUGACAUGAUUGGUGCAGCUGAACCUGAAAGUCGUGGACUUUUUUGAAGAAGUGAUUAUAAGUAAUAAAGAUGCAACAAACCAAUGAUACACUUUUUGGUCCGAUACCAGGUGAUAGGCUUCUUGCAUUUGUAAGAAUGGAAAAUGUUUUGCACUAAAAAUGAUCAAAUGU